AUGAGGGACCUUGGAGAUGGCGAGGGUGGCUACGUGGCAGACGCACUAAGGAGAACCAUGCUACUACUCACUGACAUGGAUGGACUGAGGAAAAUGAGGAUGCAGGAGGUCUUCCUCAGUAUUAAGAGAUACUCGAGCAUGGCUCUCCAGGCCACCUAUAGGAUGGAGGAAGAAGUGAACAAUAAGAGUAAGGCGGCCGAGGAUGAACGCUCCAAACGCCUAAUGGCCGUGCGGACUCUCCAAGCUUCUGAGGAGGACCUCGCCAAGGCCAAGGCUACCCUAACAGACGCUAUCCGAGAGAGGGACAACGCCUCAGCGGGUCUGGCUAGCACUCAAAAACAGGCUGAGGAUCAAACAAAACGUCUGCUAGAAGCCGAGGAUCAGUUGCAAAUAGCCAAGGAGCUGAUCGAAGAUUUAAAUAAAAAAUUGGUCACGGCAAAGCAUGACAAAGGUGUGGCGGAGUAUGCCCGUGACGAAGCCUUAAGGGCCAGGCGGGAGGCCGAGUUUGACAGAAACGAGGCUAAGGCUGCCAAGGAAAUGGCCGAGGAUGAUGGUUAUAAUGCGGGGGAAGAGGCCCUGAAGCGAGCUGGGGUGGAUGCUUCAUCCGAUUUGUGGAAAGCAGAGAACAUAUUCUACCCUACGGCCAUCCGUGAGGCCACUUCCACCAGCUCCGUGGCUGUAAGCGACCAACCCGAGGAAGGGGUCACUCAGUCGGAAACCGUACAGGUCGGCGCCUCUCCUAGCGAGAUGCUCAAAGAAGGAGAACUUCAGAAUGUGAUAGACACCUCUCAGCGUACGGAUCCCGAGGUACCCAAAGAGGUUGCUGAGCCCGUGGUUGGCACUCAGACGCCUAAUGCUGAAGAGCCAGCCAUACCUGCCUAG